AGAUCAUUUCCGGUAAGGAAGUUGUCCGAUCAAAACAAAUGUUAGCUCGUCGUUGAAAUAUUUUCAAUGACUUCCAGUUUUAUUUGAAUCCAAGAAGUCUCGCAAUUACUCAUCACUAACUUGUAUCCAUGGAGACACCAGAGCCGGGCCCAGCGGAUGGAGAGGAACGUCUGGUGGAGCUGCGACCUCGAACACGCUCCAACCCUGAAGGUGCAGAGGACCGUCGCAGCAGCACGGGCAGCCUCGGAGGGAACAGUAACCCCAACAUACCUCAGCCCGCUGUGGGGAGUCGUGUUGAGGGCGAGGGUGAGGCUUCCACCAGCGACAGUCCCCCGAGCUCCACCACCACAACCGUCUCAGCAGCUGCAGCUCAGACUGCUGCUCCUGUUGCAGUAGCAUCAGCGGCGGCUGCACCCAGUGCCACGGUGCCACUAUCCACCACUGCCGUUGCAGCCAAAGAGAGGCCGAAGCCAACACAGCAGGCGGCAACUCCCAUCCCUCCGCCGGCAGAGUACCAGCUCAGAGUUCCCCGUGUCAACUGUCCAGAGAAAGUGAUCAUCUGCUUAGACCUUUCUGAAGAGAUGUCUUUGCCAAAGUUGGAGUCUUUUAAUGGAUCUAAAACAAAUGCCCUGAACAUUUCACAGAAGAUGAUUGAGAUGUUUGUCAGAACUAAACACAAAAUUGACAAACGCCACGAGUUUGCUCUAGUAGUAGUAAACGAUGACGCUCUGUGGUUGUCAGGCUUCACCUCUGACCCCAGGGAGCUGUGCAGCUGUCUGUAUGACCUGGAGACCAAUGUGUGCGAGUCCUUCAAUCUGGAAGAUCUUCUAAAUGUAAUUCGUCAGAAGAUCGAACUGCCAUCAAUGGACAAUGUUCAGACCAUCCCUCCUCCAUACGUGGUGCGGACUGUGCUCAUCUACAGCCGUCAUGCAGGACAGCUUCAGUUCAACCCUUCAGAGGCUGUUAGUAAAAUGCUGCAGUCUCCAUAUUUCUUCUUUGAUGUGGUCUACCUACACAACGGAGUGGAUGAGCAGGGGGAUGAGACCAGCUGGAGGGACAACUACACGUCUUUCUGCAACCUGGACUCAAAGGGCAUGUGCUAUCGCUUUGAGGUUUCCCUGAGCGGACCCGCCAUCGAGCUGCACAACUGCAUGGCCAAACUCCUUGCUCACCCUUUACAAAGACCUUUCCAGAGCCACGUGUCUUACAGCCUGCUGGAGGGGGAUGACCCCCAGGACAUUGAGGCGACAGUCUAAACGGGACACACUCAUAAACCUCUGUUUCUCUGUGAAAUUCAAACACUGUAGUUUAUUAGAAAUGGGAAGGGAUUUUCCAAAUACACCUUAUUACUGAGGGAUUUUCCAUUACCUGCUGUAGAGCAGUAAUUUGUAAGAACAUUUGGGAAAACUAGGCGUGGUUCUGAAGGAACAAGAGGGUUUCAACAGGUUACUAUUAACUCAAUCAUUGUGUUUCCAUGAAGGAACGAGUGAGUCAUUGAUUGUUCUAAGCUGCGGAAGUAAUAAAAUGAUCCGACUGUUAAGCUGCUAGAGGUUUCCUGAGGGAUGAGAUGAUGAAGUGGAUGUGAGAGAGUUCAGGACCAGGACACAAGAAGAAGAAGAAUUUAAAAAGGAAGGUGGUUAAAGGGAUAAUUCAGAGUUUUUUAAAUGGGGUUGUAUGAGGUACUUAGUAUGUUACCAAAGUUGUUGGCACUUGGUAGACCCCCAGGGUGACAAUAUCAGUUCAAGUGUGCACUAUAUUAAGACUUUUUAACUGCUUUCCGACAGAAAAACUGGAUCUUUUAUCAUGCUUUCUUUAAAGCAACCAGACUCCUUUGACAAAAACAGUAAUUUUACCUUCUUGAACACAGAUUUGAUCGGUUAGCUUGUUUGUGUUAAUGCCUGACUUUGGUGUUUUAAAGGUUUUGUUCAGAUUCACCAAAGACACACAAUUAUACAAACAAACUAACUGAUCAAGGCAGCAAAUCCCAUGUUCUGUAAAACGUGUAAAAUUAGUGUUUUUGUCAAAGGAGUCUGGUGGCUUUGAAGAGAGUAAAGAUGGAUACAGUAUAAUGGCUGCAGAAAGUGUAAUUUGAUAACAAGAUUAAUUGGUAAAUUUUCAAAAUAAAGCACACACCUAAACCAAUAUUGAUGUUAAUUUUCAAUUUUAGAUAGGGAAAAAAACAGUUUUGCUGCUGCCCCGUCUAUAGCACUACAUUGCUUAGCUUCCAUGCUGGUACACUGUUCCUCCAAACUGGAUGUAAUAUACUGAUUAUGGAUAAGUACCUCAUGCAACCCCACUUCAAAACAUCUGAACUGUCUCUUUAAAUCACAAGUCUUUGUUAAAAUCACUCCUUUGCCAUUUUAUUUUUCUUUCAAAUCUUAGCCCACACUGAUCUGUCUGUUAGUCUUAAAGGUCGAAAGCCUGUGACAGUUUCUGAUCGCUGGCAUUGUGAGAUGAACUGUAACAUAUUAGGCACCAUAUCACACAGCUUCUAUAAUAUCGCCUUUUCUUUUAGUUACAAAAACUCACCUUUUGUUGCCUGUUUUAAUGUUUUUUCUUUUUUCUUUUUUUUUUUUACAAGAGGUUGUUUUUAAUCUUUAGUCCAUUUGUCACUCGUGCAUGUUACACAGACAAUGAAAGAAUGUACGGUAACGUAGAAGCGGCCCCUCUUUUUACAAUGAUCUCUGUGGCAUCAAUGGAUUGGUUGUAAAAUAAGGCCCCUCGUACUGCCAGUCUAGCUGCACUUGAAACACUGUACAGAUGAGCUUUUUGAAGCUGUUUCUGAAUAUUAAAAAGGCAUGUUAAUGUUA